GCUCCCCAAUUUCCCUCCUCUCUAUCUGCCAGACACAAACCAGACAAACUCAGACAGAGGGACAACAUGGAUCCAAACACGACGAUUUUGCGGGUCAAGCGAAAAAGGGGAACCGACCCAGCAGAUACAUUGUUACUGGCGUGCAAACGUAUACGUCCAGAGACGUCCCAGAGCUCAAACGAAACUGUCCCGGAGCCUAAUGAAGCCGAGGUUGAAAACUCCGUCUUCAAACUCGUGGCAACCGUAGCAACACAGGAUGCUCCCGUUCAGGCGCAGGUUCGGCAGGCUUUGGCUCGGCCUCGCAUGGCCCACGCACUGCGCCCCUCGGCCGCCAGUUCACACCGGAUAAUUGGGGACCUGCGGAGCACAAAGUGGAGCACCCGGAGGGAGGAACGCUACAGGAUACUCUCUACCCACCGUACAGGGCUAUCCAGUUCAGCCCAGCAGCCAAACUCCCAGACAGAUGCUUCUGACGGUAUAGAGGAAACUGGGAAAGAGCAGGACAAAUGUUGGGGUCUCGGUGAAAUCCAGGUGGUUGAUCUACUACAUGAGAAUGUAGACGACCAGGACAAGUCUUCUGGCAAGACGCUGUCCUCAGACCCAGAAGUGAUCCUGUGUAACAGCACCAAGAUGCUGCGGGAGCAUCUGAGCAUAUCCGGAGAGGGACUUGGCGAAGAGCACCGGGAGCAGGACUCUGACUACGUCUACGAUCUUUACUCCCAGGAAACGGCCACACCAGGGUGGAUCCAGGACAUCCUGUGUGUCAGGGCCUACCCCGAUGAGGGAGAACUGGUGCCUGACCUUGUGGUUCAUGAAGAGGAGGUGUAUGAAGAUGAGGAUGAUGAAAAUGAUGAAGCAAACUGGAGGAAUGACUACCCUGACGAGGAAAGCGACCCAGACAGUGACAGAGAGGAGCGCUAUGGUGAUUACUGGGAGGAGGAGCACUCGUACAGCAGGAGGAGCUGGCAGCGCUACCAGAGGGAAGUGCUGCAUGAGCUGGGCUGCCGUGGUGACGAGGAGGAUGAGGAAGACGACGAUGGAGACAAAUAUGAUUCUGAUUGAUCUGUCAGUGGAUCACAGUGGAAAAAACACCACGCUCCAUUGAUUUCUAUGUAGCUGAGAGUGGAGGAAAACCAGUGCUAGAAUGCCACAAGCCUUGGAAAAUGUACUUCAAGAAAUCACAGCGUAGCAGUUCAUGUGUAGCACUCGGCAGAUUUUUUCCGACAUUUCAAGUGACAUUGACUAAAGCACUUGUCGUUCUCUGCCCUGCGUGUGCAGAAUUUUGCUCAUGUGCCAGUGCAUUAAGUGUCUGGAUGACAGCUUGUCGACCACUAACUGGUUCAGAAAAGGUUUAGGGUGAAAUCUGUCCUCUCUCUACUACACAGGUGAUGGAGUUGGUGUCAUUUCCAGAAGGAUCCAGAGUGUCUGUGUGUUUUUGUUUGUUUGUUUUUUUUAAACUGGUGGAGUGAACUUGUGUGUGAGUGUUUGUUCAAAGUGGAUGUGUGUGUUAGAAGUGUUGCGUAUUAGUGUCAUAUGCCUGGUAUGCUUCGUGCUGUUAAACUUUCUGUUCAGUGAGAUGUCUUGGGCUGUGUGUUUGCAAUUUAGGGUGUCUGUGCAUGGUAAUGUGUGUAGGUAUAACUAUGCGUGUUAAGAUUUAUGCAUAAUGUGAAAGCGCGAUGAAUUGUUUGUUGUGGGUGUGCGAGUUUGGUUGAGAAAUUCCCCCAAUUUUUGAAGUUCGGAUUGUUUCUCUCGGAUGCUUGUUGAGUUAAUCUUUCUUUGUAAAUAUGUAGAUGUGUAUAAAAAGAAGGCUUUCAAAAUAAACUUCAAACAUCUCAGUGUCAA